UAAUGAUGGCGGAUGUGAAAGGUUUGGCAACUGAACAUUUAUGGUUGAAAAUGGCGGCCCCAUUUUCUUGAUAGAAUCCACCUAGAUUGGGCUUUGAAUAAUGGUCAUUUUCCAGUGGAAUGCCACACAAGCUUGAAGCAUUUUGAAAAUGGAGAAAGAGAGAGAGGAAAAGGAAAAGAAUCUGUAAAAAAGUUUGAAGGCUGAGAAAAGACAAGUUGCAGAAAUAUGGAAAAAGAGUGCCCUUUUUAGCUUUUAUGCUUUGAAAAUGGAAAGAAAAAAAAAUGGGGCAAACGUUGAAGCUGUGACCCGUGAAAGGGACUAGCCAGCAAUGGUGGUUGAAGAAAAGGGUCCCGGUGCUUAUCACGUGGAACUCCUAUAUGGAAUGUAGUCUACACGUUACUGCUACUGAUAUUGAUGAUUUCUACUGUUCUUAGCUUCAGCUUUUGGUUUUCUUGAAUCCAAACAGCCAUUUUUGCCCUGGGGUGUGCUCUUAAGCUCAAAAAAAGCUUCAAUUUCUGGUAAAUUCCUUGAUUCUUUAUUCUCUUUUUGGGAAAACCCACAGCCACUGCUCGAGGAGUGCACGAGAUAAAUCUCACAGUUGUGAAUCUAGUCGAGGAAAGAUCAGACCGAUUCAAAUCAAGAAGCAAUCUACAAUUCGGUACAUAGGAAUAUCGGGAUAGAUAUGGAUCUUGAACAUGGGAAGUGUUGGGACACCACAAAGAAGAAUUCUUGGAAGACGACACUGAUCCUAGCUUAUCAAAGUCUUGGUGUCGUUUACGGGGAUCUCAGCAUUUCCCCGCUCUAUGUCUUCAAGAGCACAUUUGCGGAAGACAUUCAGCACUCGGAUACUAAUGAAGAAAUUUUCGGGGUUAUGUCGUUUGUUUUCUGGACUUUAACUCUUGUCCCGUUAUUCAAGUAUGUGUUUAUAGUCCUCCGAGCGGAUGACAAUGGAGAGGGUGGUACUUUCGCUCUUUAUUCCCUGAUAUGCAGGCAUGCCAAAGUAAGCCUUCUUCCAAAUAGACAAGUUUCCGAUGAAGCCCUUUCCACGUAUAAACGCGAGGAACCUCCCGAGAGAAACAAUAAGGUUUCGAGGGUGAAGUUGGUGCUCGAGAAGUACAAAUUCCUGCACACGGCAUUGCUAAUCUUGGUGCUCCUUGGCACUUGUAUGGUCAUCGGAGAUGGACUGCUUACUCCCGCCAUAUCCGUUUUCUCUGCGGUUUCUGGGCUCGAGUUCUACAUGUCCAAGGAUCACCACCAAUAUGCAGUGGUUCCGAUAACUUGCGUUAUAUUAGUGUGCCUAUUUGCGUUACAGCAUUAUGGCACACACCGCAUUGGCUUUUGUUUUGCACCGAUCGUGUUAUCUUGGUUAAUCUGCAUAAGUGGGCUCGGAUUGUACAAUAUCCUCACUUGGAAUCCACACGUUUACAAGGCGCUUUCCCCGUACUACAUGUUCAAGUUCUUAAAGAAGACUAGAAAAGAUGGAUGGAUGUCGUUGGGAGGAAUUCUCUUGUGCAUAACAGGAUCUGAAGCAAUGUUCGCUGACCUCGGCCACUUCUCGUAUGCUGCAAUUCAGACCGCAUUCACCUUUCUGGUUUAUCCAGCGCUUAUAUUGGCAUAUAUGGGCCAAGCAGCGUUUUUGUCAAGGCAUCAUCACAACAUGCACGAGAUUAGUUUCUAUUUGUCUGUUCCAGGAAGUGUAAGGUGGCCGGUUCUUAUUAUAGCCAUUCUUGCUUCUGUCGUUGGGAGUCAGGCAAUCAUCAGUGGAACGUUCUCGAUUAUCAACCAGAGUCAAUCACUAGGUUGUUUUCCAAGAGUUAAGGUUGUUCACACCUCUGCUAAAGUACAUGGGCAGAUCUACAUCCCGGAGAUAAAUUGGAUUCUCAUGAUCCUUUGUGUUGCUGUGACUAUCGGGUUCCGGGACACGAAACAUUUGGGAAAUGCAUCAGGGUUAGCGUUGAUGGCAGUCAUGCUGGUGACUACCUGUCUAACCUCGUUGGUUAUCGUCCUGUGUUGGCACAAGCCUCCAAUUCUUGCGCUUGUCUUUCUCGUUUUCUUUGGAUCCAUUGAAUUGCUUUACUUCUCUGCAUCUGUGAUCAAGUUCCUCGAGGGCGCUUGGCUACCGAUCCUCCUCGCCCUCAUUUUGGUAACUGUCAUGUUUGUUUGGCACUACGCCACGAUCAAGAAAUAUGAAUAUGAUCUGCACAACAAGGUUUCGCUAGAUUGGCUGCUAGCCUUAGGCCCGAGCCUUGGCAUUGCUCGAGUCCCUGGCAUUGGCAUUGUGUUCAGCGAUCUGACCUCGGGGAUCCCUGCGAACUUCUCUCGUUUCGUCACCAACCUCCCUGCCUUCCAUCGUGUGCUGGUUUUCGUGUGUGUGAAAGCUGUGCCCGUCCCUUUCAUCCCCCCGGCAGAGCGCUACCUCGUGGGGCGCGUUGGACCUCCCUCCCACCGCUCCUACAGGUGCAUCGUGCGAUAUGGCUACCGGGACGUUCACCAGGAUGUAGACUUCUUUGAGACCGAACUUGUCAGCAAGCUCGCUGAUUUCAUCCGCUACGACUGGUACAAGACGCACGGGAUCAUCACCUCACCAAACGACGACGAUGGCUCUCGUUCUGGCGCAUCAUCAAGCGAAUACCGGUUAGCAGUGAUAGGAACCAUGGCUUUCCCAGGCACACCCGCCUUUGAAAUCGAGGAAACCGCCCAACCCGAGAGCGUAUCCUUCGGUUUCCCCACCGCAGAGAGCCUAACCGACAUCAUCGAGAUGCAACCAACCACUGCAGCAGCAGCAGAGAAAAGGGUGAGAUUUGCUGUUGAUGACUCAGAACAAGACUCACACUCACACCAAGAAAUGGACAUUCAGCUUCAAGAGGAGCUGAGAGAUCUCCACGAAGCCCGAGAAGCCGGGAUCGCCUUCAUUCUCGGGCACUCACAUGUAAGAACAAAGCAAGGCUCAUCCAUAUUCAAGAGAUUAGCCAUCAACUUUGGGUACAAUCUCCUGAAGAGAAACUGCAGAGGACCAGAUGUAUCACUUAAAGUCCCCCCAGUGUCCCUUCUUGAGGUUGGCAUGGUAUAUGUUGUCUGAGAUGUAAAUGAAUGUGAAGUUUUUCUUGUUUCUUUACUCUUUUAAUCUACUGAUCUGAUGCCCUUUUGAAGAUCUGCAAGAAUGUUAACUGCUCAGAUUAGUGUA